AUGGCUCCCUUUGGAACAAAAACAGAUGCCCCAGACUCCCUAAUAAGCGCUGAUGACGGCCGCAAAUACUGGUCCGGCAUCGAUCCUGACGUCAACGGCAUGUUGGGCGGGUACCCUGCCGUCUCGCGCGUCGACUUAAGAGGCUCGCGAAGCUUCUUGGCUAAACUUGGCUUGGGCCGUACCAAGGGCGUCAAGGCUGUAAAUAGGGCGAUGGAGGGUGGUGCAGGUAUUGGACGCAUAACGCAAGGGCUACUUCUCGACGUUGCAGAGACAGUCGACAUCGUCGAGCCCAUCGCCAAGUUCACAGAUGCGCUCGAGGGCCACCCGGGAGUAGGCCAGAUCCACAACGUUGGGCUUGAGGAGUGGCGGCCUGACGAUGAUGCUGAAUACGACCUCAUCUGGAACCAGUGGUGUCUUGGUCACCUGACCGACCAGCAGCUUGAAGAAUUCUUAAGACGAUGUAGCGCCGUGCUCAGUGUAGGCGACGACGGGAAGACGAAAGGGGUCAUCGUGGUAAAGGAGAACCUGAGUGCGUCUGAAGAGGACUUGUUUGACUCGGAGGAUAGUAGUGUUACAAGACGUGACGAGACAUUCAGGCGCAUUUUUGAGGAGGCAGGAUUACGCAUAGUUAGGACAGAGAUACAGCACGGGUUCCCUCACGAGCUAUACCCUGUUCGAAUGUACGCAUUGAAGCCUAAUAAAGCUAAUAAAUGA